UAUGGGCUGCAAUGCUGUUAAACACAGACGAUGAUAUCGUUUGCGAUUGGCAUCGAAGGGAUUUUAAUGCGGGCAAGCGAUCUUUGAAAGUGGAUGUUACUCCGGCGUAAUUGACCCGCCACCUUUACUUAGUCGCCAAAACAAGACGCAGAAAUGGAGGAUUUGUUUAACGCGAUUAGAUGUUGAUUCGGCCACGGUGGCAGCGCGUUAAACGACAGCGAUACAAAACCAAAUAAUGCGAGACCGGAACCUCCGUAUCUCCGGCACGUCGGUCCUGCACUAUAAUCGGGGGAGUUUUUCGCUCCGCUAAUUAAAUGGCCAAGGACAUACGGAGAAAAUGAGAUCAAAAUUGGUUUAAUUGGAAUUUAAUUAUGAAGCCGAUAUCGUGUUUAGGUGACCACGCGGCGUUAGUUUGUGAGUACAGCGCUGUGUUGCCUCGAAUGACUGGAGAUAAACCGGGAAAGUCCGCAACUAUUCCGAGCUGACUUAAAAUGUCAAGUGUCUUGCUAAUUUUAAUGGUGGGACUAUAUAGCUGAAUAAAAUAUUGUAGGCCUACAUUCUUUUCUCGGGAAAUAGAAAAUGCUUGAAUGGCUGCUUGUUUGGCCCAUUUAUAGGCUACAUACACGUUAUAUAGGCAGAGUACUUCGUUGGAAUAUAUGAAAUCCUCCGGCAGUAAUGCUUCUACAAGAUAUUAGUUGGAUGAUUCUAGUGACUCUGUUCCUCACUUCCCUGCUGAUCGUGAUUACUUGGCUGAUCCAGUAUUCACGGACCGUACUGCGCGCCCGGAGUUCGAAACCUGCCGGCCAGAAGCUUCGGGAGAGCCCGUCGUGGGACCAGAUCAAGGUCGGGGGCAUUUGGGGAUCGCUGCAGAAGCUGCGCUUCGGACAGGAUGUGGGUGGAGGAGACUCCGGAGCGGCCGAGAAGGGCUUGCUGUCGUCGUUGUUCUCUUUCAGGACGUUCCGGGAAAACUGGCAGCGCGCUUGGGUGCGGGCACUUAACGAGCAAGCCUGCAGACACGGGAGCUCAAUACAGAUCACUUUCAAUGACAGCCUGCCACUCGCUACCUCUGCGUCGAUCAGUCACGUGACCUGCACUGACCAAUCAGCUCGCAGCAUGGUUUUGCAGUGUAAUUGUUCGGUCGACACGGUAACGUUCCCAGUUACCGUCACCCAGCAGUCACCUGCAGCCGUUUCCAUGGAUACGUAUCAGAUCACUAUAGCGCCGAUGCAGGUCCAGAUGGAGGUUUGUCUGGAGGAGGUGGAGGAGGAGGGACUGCUGGUGUCCUGGCAUUUCUCCCGGCGGCCCCUGCUCUCCUUAACUGUGUCCCCUCGCAAGAUCCAGAGAGAGGGGAAUGACAAUGAGCCUGACGUGAGCAUGAUCAGGGACCUGGUGGAGGACACGCUGUUCAGCACCCAGCCUGCCAUGACCGUCAACCUGAAAACCUGCGUGUCCAGCUCGCCUGUCUCAGGGGAGAAACUGAUCCGGGGUCCUUCCUCGCCGCCUCGGGGGUCCCCUGGGCGACGGCUGGUGGUCCGGCAGCUCAGAGUGACCAGUGUGCGAAGAGUAAGCCAGGUCAGCGGUGCCGAACUCUGCUGCGCCCUGGACCUGCACCCGCCGGCCCUGGAGAAGAGGACCCGCUACCUGCCAUACCCCUCCAGCCUCUUGGCAGGACUGGACUGGACCGAGGACGUCACACUGGACCCGGGCCCUGAAACUAAGGAGCUGAGAGUCCGACUGGUGGAGCGCAGCGGCAAAGGGGAACAGUUUCUUCCUGGCCACGCCUCCUUAUCGCUGGACCCGUCCCAAAGGAAUCUCAUUGGUCGACACAUGCUGUCAGUCAGCUCAGAACACGGGCUGUUACCCACUGGCACGGUCUCCUUCGAGCUGCUGUUCCAGGAGCAGGCUGACUCCCGGGGAGGGGUCAUCUCCAUGCCGCCACGGCCCUCAGUGACCCCCACCAAAAAGGUGGAGAUGGACCGCACCGUCAUGCCAGACGGCACCAUUGUCACCACGGUCACCACCAUUCAGUCUCGACCCAAGCUGGACCGCAAGCUAGGGGAAUCCCCGUCUCGCUCCCCCUCCAAGGUGGAAGUGACAGAGAAAAAGCCCAGCACCCUUCCAGAGGGUUACCAGGACACCAUUAGCCCCACCACCAGUACCGACAGUCACCUCUCCAACGGCCUGGACCCCGUGGCCGAGGCGGCCAUUCGGCAGCUGACGGAGUCCGCCGGCAAGCCGGUGAAGAAGACGCCCACCAAGAGGAGCACGCUCAUCAUAUCUGGCGUGUCAAAGGUCCCCCUCGGGGAGGAUGAGUCGGCCCUGUCUGUGGGCUACGCAGCAGCCAUGGAUGCUGCCCUGCAGGGGGAGCACUCUCCCGGCUCUGUGAACCAUCACCAGAAUGCCGGCAGCCACGGCCCCACGCAGCAGGACACAGACGAGACCACGCCCUCGGACGUAUCCGAGCGGCCCUCCGUGGAUGACGUGGAGUCCGAGACUGGCUCCACGGGGGCCCUGGAGACCCGCAGCCUCAAAGACCACAAAGUGGGCUUCCUGCGCAGCGGCACCAAGCUCCUGUUCCGGCGGCGGCAUCGGCAGAAGGACCCCGGCCUCAGCCAAUCGCACGAGGACAUCUCCAACCUGGGCAAUGGCGGCACGGUGCGCAAGAAGUCGGGCAGCUUCUCCCGGCGCCUCAUCAAGCGCUUCUCCUUCCGGUCCAAGUCGAAGGGCAAAGCCAGCGCCAACGGAGAUGCGAGUACCUCAGAAAACUGAAGAGUCCUUACCGUAAG